UUACCCAACAAACAAUACCAAAGAAAGAAAAAAGAAAAGGAAAGAAUUCAAGGUAGCAAGCCAAAGCAGAACCAUGAUGAAAGUUGCUAAUUUGAUAGCAGUUUUUAUUCUCUUGGCUCUGGCUUCCUCAUUUGUCACUGCCUAUGACCCCAGCCCCCUCCAAGACUUCUGCGUAGCUAUAGAUGAUGCUAAUUCUGCUGUUCUUGUUAAUGGAAAAUUGUGUAAGAAUCCAAGCCUCGCCACUCCUGAUGAUUUCUCGUACUCGGGGCUUGAUGUUCCUGGAAACACAUCAAAUCAACUUGGAGCACGUGUUAAUAUCAUUACAGCCGAUUUAAUGCCUGGGCUUAACACUCUUGGCGUAUCUUUAGCACGGAUAGACUUGGCGCCAAACGGUGGCCUAAACCCUCCACAUUAUCACCCCAGAGGAUCGGAGGUUCUGCUGGUUUUGGAAGGCACUCUUUAUGCUGGCUUUGUAACCUCAAAUCCUGAUCAUCGUCUCUUUACCAAAAUCCUAAAACCAGGAGAUCUCUUUGUCUUCCCAUUCGGCCUCAUUCACUUUCAAUUGAAUAUUGGAAAGACUCCUGCGGUUGCUAUUGCUGCAUUAACAAGCCAAAAUCCAGGAGUAAACACAGUAGCAAAUGCAAUCUUUGGAGCCAGUUGGCCUCUUUAUCCUGAAGUUCUCACCACAGCAUUCCAUUUGGAUGAAAAACUUGUGGAGGAUCUCCAGAGUCAAGAAUGGGUGAACCCUACAUAAAUACUUUCUAAAUUUCCCAUAUUCGCAUAGUUGAUAUGCGAUAAUAAAGAAGUGCUCUAUGCCUUCCCCUUUUAGAGUCUGUGUUUUUUUGCACGUUCUCCACCUGUUUUGUUAAGCUAAUAAUUUCUCUGUCAAGCGUCAUGUUGCUGAAGGGUUUAUGCUCUUCAGUUGAGGUUUCCCUUUUGGAUUAUCCACGUCCGCUCUGUAUUUUGAUUAACUUAAGAUGGCAAGCUGUCAACUUCUUUUCAUCAUGUACCAAGUUUAUGUCUUGUUUGAUUGUAUGUUGUCACUUACUUUCUCUCUCCCGAGGUUCUUUCCUCUCGGAGCUUUUUAAUUUACGUACGUACCUUGGCUUACAAAAAAAAAUAAAAAAAGGUAUCAAAAGUUUUUUUCCCGAGUAAGCAAGAGUCAAAAUCUAGACCAUCACCAAUUAAAAAGAAAUCCAGCCUCGAUCUCGAACAAAGAAUGAUGAAGGUAGAGUUUAGGACAUAAAGUUGAGCUUCAAAAUCUAAAUGUAAUUUAUUUAUAUGGAGAGAAAUAAGAAAGUUCACCGUUUUCAUCAUUGGCCUCCUAGAAGAUGAGUGUGCAAGGCAAAGACGUGCUACAGAAAUCAUGAUUUCCAUCUCUUCUUUCAUGUAGUCUCCAUUCAGGUGGGGAUCAAUGAGACUUUCCCAUAGGCUGGAGCUAAGUAAAGAUCUUGCCUGCAAGUCAAGGAGACAAAACAGCUUAGUCUUCAUUCUGGUUCUGAAUUCAUUCAAAUCCAAAGUAUUUCUUUUCUUACCCAUAAAACCGAGCUUCCGUGAUUCACCUGGUUUGUUUGGAUAGCCUCUUUCCCAGUGAUAAGUUCCAGGAGUACAACCCCAUAGGAGUAAACAUCAACCUUCUCCAAUCAGUUGAUGGACUGUCUUCCUGAUAUUUUUCCUACCUGUAAUAUCAUUUUGCUGCAUUGAUGAUGCUGUUGAGGGAGAUGGUACAGUCAACGAUUUUGUAACUGAGAGGCUGUUCUCUUUUUAUGAAAGUGACUCUUUUCUGAUGAAGAUGGUAGAGGAUGUCGAAGGAGUGAAUGGUUAGAGCCUUGUUAAGAGGCCCCUUGCCUCUGGAGUACGAUUCUCCCAAACAUAUCCAUCACCAGAAAGCUGCAAGUUGGGGGCAACCCUUUUAGGUAUUCA